UCCAAGCUUGUACUGUCACGUGAGCGCCUGAGACGCGUCAGCUAGUGAUUACUACAGUGCAGCCUGCCCUGACACUCUGCUUGUUCAAGAUGGUGAUACUUGGAUAUUGGGACAUCCGAGGGUUGGCUCAUUCUAUCCGCCUGCUGCUUGAGUAUACCGGGACUCCGUAUGAAGAGAAGCUGUAUAUGGUCGGGGAGGCUCCAGACUAUGACAAGUCUCAGUGGCUGGAUGAGAAGGAGAAACUGGGAUUAGAUUUUCCAAAUCUGCCUUACCUGUUGGAUGGAGAUAUUAAGCUGACUCAAAGUAAUGCUAUUCUGCGCUACAUUGCACGCAAGCAUGGAUUGUGUGGAGAUUCUGAAAGUGAAAAAACCAAUGUCUCAUUGAUUGAAAACCAAGCCAUGGAUUUUCGGAUGAGUCUUGUUUGCAUUACCUACAAUUCUAACUUCGAGGCGCUGAGGGGUCCUUAUCUUGAAAAACUCCCAGUAGCGUUGACCAGAUUCUCUCAGUUUUUGGGGGAAAGACAUUGGUUUGCAGGGGACAAGCUGACGUUUGCAGACUUUUUGAUGUAUGAUGUCCUGGAUCAACACAAGAUGUUGGAGCCCACCUGCUUGCAAAAAUAUAAAAACCUGCAGGACUUCUUGACCCGAUUUGAGGCUCUGCCAGCUAUUGCUGCAUACAUGAAAUCACCCCGCUUUAGGAAGACCCCAAUUAACAACAAAACAGCAUAUUGGAGCAACAAAAAAUAAUCUUGUUCCACGUAUUUGACCAUUUCACCCACUAACAUUGUGAAGACUUCUUUUUUUCUUCCAUGAUUUCAUGUUUUCUGCAAGACCUAAUUUGUUCAUCCUAAUACAUAUGUUACUGAACGGUUAUCUUUUUGUGAACAAGAUUAAAAUAAAUGUUGAAUAGAA